ACUCUGUUGCCUUUUGCACACGCCUCGUAUGCAUGACAGUGCAGUUUAUCUGUGACGGCUUCCACACGCAAGUCUUUUGUUAAUAAUAUCUGACAUGGUUGUCAAAGCUGUAUGUGUGUUGGCCGGCAGUGUGCAUGGCACUCUAUUCUUCGCGCAGGAAAAUGACUCUUCACCAACCAAAGUAACAGGACAAGUAAGUGGUCUAACUCAAGGCAAACAUGGAUUUCAUAUCCAUGAGUUUGGAGACUACACAAAUGGAUGCACAUCAGCAGGGGCACAUUUUAACCCGCAUAGUAAGGAGCAUGGAGGUCCUGACAUGGCAGAAAGACAUUCGGGAGACCUUGGAAAUAUUGAAGCAGGUGAAGAUGGUGUCGCUAAAGUGGACAUAACUGACAAGCAAAUCCCUCUAACAGGUGUCAACUCCAUUAUAGGCAGGAGUUUGGUGGUACAUGCUGAUCCUGAUGACCUGGGACUCGGAGGUCAAACUGACAGCAAGACUACUGGUCAUGCUGGUGCUCGCCUUGCCUGUGGCGUCAUUGGCAUCACAAAGUGAUUGUGUUUCCCUCAAAAUAGUAUGACUGACAGAUCAUUUUUUGACUAUUUUUGAAGUGAACCUUUGUAACUAGAUUACUUCUCAAACACAUCACUGACCAUGAUACUGGAUUUUUUGUUCUCAAGAAUUUGAUGUGGUUGUAAAUCUCUAUUUCCAUCAUGAAUCAUGCAAAAUUUUAUUGAGGUCAAGUAUCAUUUUGCUGGACUGAUGGGUUGGCUUCUACUUUUUGGGGUAUUUUUAAUUUUUGGCAUCUCAAUUGACUAGUAUUUCUUGAUGCAUAUAUAUAUAUCAUUUCUAUUUUCUUUAGAACAGCACAACUUUGCUGCCCUAUCAAGAUGGUGUAAUCUGAGGUUUUACCUAGAUUUUUUUUAUUUAGGGUACUUGUAUGUUGCAGGAACUUCACACCCAGUCCUAACUUGUGAGAGGGUGUCUGCAAAUCAUUUUGUUGAAUAAGAAAUUCUAUAAUCAAAUAAAUUUCAGGAAAUACUU